AUACAGCGGUGUGCAGCCUGCUCAAGUUCCUGAAGGCUUGGCUGGCAGCCUCUCCCGGGCUGGCUCAGGGGCAGAGGGGAACCUGCGCGACUGGGCCUCCGAGUUAGCCUCCCCUCUGCUGGUUAGGGGGACGCUUUUCGAGCGUUUUCUUCUAACAUGACCAAAUAGCCUGGAGAAGGUGAACUGCUGUUGUGCGAGGUGAAGGUGUGACUGUGAACACAGCGAUGGAGAGAGCUGGGGGCCAGAUGCCCGGGAGCUCUGAACCGUCCUUCCUGGUGACUCUGGGUGACCCUCAGGUGACCCUGCUGUCUGUCCACAAGCGGUGGUCCUUCAGGAGGAGCCCUAGGGCCACGGGCUCCUCCAGGCCAGUGAUUUCGGAGGAGGAAUGCUCUCCCCCAUCAGAGAAGGGAGAAUUUUCACAGAAAGUUUUGAAUAAAACACAGGAGGUCAGUUCCAAGCAGAUCCUGCCUAAGCUUUCCUGGCCUGCUCGAACCUGGGAGCCAACGAUGAAGCAGAGUUUUGCCUUUGACAACAAUGGCUACGAGCACGGCCUGGAUGGCGUGCACCCCUCUCAGACGGCCACCGGCACCAUCAGCAUCGUGGGCAUGACCUGCCAGUCGUGUGUGAAGUCCAUCGAGGGCAGGGUGUCUAGUCUGAAAGGCAUUGUGAGCGUUAAGGUUUCCCUGGAGCAGGGCAGCGCCAUGGUGAGGUACAUGCCCUCGGUCCUGAGCCUGCCUCAGGUUUGCUGUCAGAUUGAGGACAUGGGCUUCCAGGCCACUGUGGCGGAGGGAAAGGCUACCUCCCGGCCAUCCAGGUUCUCGCCCGCCCUGGAGGCUGUGGUCAAGCUUCGGGUGGAGGGCAUGACCUGCCAGUCCUGCGUCAGCUCCAUAGAAGGCAAGAUCGGGAAACUGCAGGGCGUCGUGAGGGUCCGCGUCUCGCUCAGCAACCAGGAGGCAGUCAUCACUUACCAGCCUUACCUCAUCCAACCCCAAGACCUCAGGGACCACGUGAACGACAUGGGGUUUGAAGCCGUCAUCAAGAACAAGGUGGCCCCCGUGAGCCUGGGUCCAAUUGACAUCAGGCAGCUCCAGCGCAUCCACCCAAAGGCCCCUCAGGCUUCCAUUAACCAGAAUGGCAAUAACUCAGAGACCUCGGGGAGCCAGGGGGUGCCCCUGUAUCUGAGAGUGGAUGGAAUGCACUGUAAGUCUUGUGUCCUGAACAUCGAAGAAAAUAUUGGCCAGCAGCCAGGGGUUCAGAGUAUCCAAGUGUCCCUGGAGAACAGGACUGCCCAAGUCCAGUACGACCCUUCCCGCAUCUCCCCAGGGACCCUGCAGAGGGCCAUUGAGGCUCUGCCACCUGGGAACUUUAAAGUCUCUCUACCCGAUGGAGCGGAAGGGAGUGGGACAGACACCAGGAGCCCCCAGGCGCUCGGCGUGCGCUGUGCUGCAGUGCUGGCCAUCGCUGGCAUGACCUGCGAGUCCUGCGUCCAGUCCAUCGAGGGCCUGGUUUCCCAGAGGGAGGGAGUGCAGCGUAUCUCAGUGUCUUUGGCUGAAGGGACAGGAACGGUUCUCUACGAUCCAUCUCUAACUCACCCAGCAGAACUCCGAGCUGCGGUGGAGGACAUGGGAUUCGAGGCCUCCGUCCUGGCUGAAAACUGUUCCAGCACCCACGCUGGGAACCACAGUGCUGGGAGCGCCACGGGGCACACAGCGGCUGGUGCACCUGUGUCCGUGCAGAACGCGACUCCCCAGCCCGGGGGUCUCCCUACAAACCACAACCCCGGCCUCGUGUCCAAGUCCCCUCGGGCCUCCGAAACCGUGGCCCCACAGAAGUGCUUUCUACAGGUCAGAGGCAUGACCUGCGCGUCCUGUGUGUCCAACAUAGAGAGGAACCUGCAGAAAGAAGCUGGGAUUCUCUCUGUGCUGGUUGCGUUGAUGGCUGGAAAGGCAGAGGUGAAGUAUAACCCGGAAGUUAUCCAGCCCCUGGAGAUAGCGCAGCUCAUCCAGGACCUGGGCUUCAAGGCAGAGGUGAUGGAGGACUGCGCGGGCUCAGACGGCGACCUCGAGCUGAUUAUCACGGGGAUGACCUGCACUUCCUGUGUUCACAACAUAGAGUCCAAACUCACAAGGACAAACGGCAUCACCUACGCCUCUGUGGCUCUUGCCACCAGCAAAGCCCACGUGAAGUUUGAUCCUGAAAUUAUUGGUCCGCGGGAUAUUGUCAAAAUUAUCGAGGAAAUCGGCUUUCAUGUCUCCCUGGCCCAGAGGAACCCCAGCGCUCAUCACUUGGACCACAAGCUGGAAAUAAAGCAGUGGAAGAAGUCUUUCCUGUGCAGCCUGGUGUUUGGCAUCCCUGUCAUGGGUUUAAUGAUCUAUAUGUUGAUACCCAGCCACGAGCCCCACGAGUCUAUGCUGCUGGACCACAACAUCAUCCCGGGACUGUCCAUCCUGAACCUCGUCUUCUUUAUCUUGUGUACCUUUGUCCAGUUCCUCGGGGGCUGGUACUUCUACGUGCAGGCCUACAAAUCUCUGAGACACAGGGCGGCCAGCAUGGACGUGCUCAUCGUGCUGGCCACAAGCAUCGCCUACGUCUACUCCCUCGUCAUCCUGGUGGUGGCCAUCGCCGAGAAGGCGGAGAGGAGCCCGGUGACCUUCUUUGACACGCCCCCCAUGCUCUUCGUGUUCAUUGCCCUGGGGCGGUGGCUGGAACACGUGGCAAAGAGCAAAACUUCAGAAGCCCUCGCCAAACUCAUGUCUCUACAAGCCACGGAAGCCACCGUCGUGACCCUUGGGGAGGACAGCUUAAUCAUCAGAGAGGAGCAGGUGCCCAUGGAGCUGGUGCAACGUGGUGACAUCAUCAAGGUCGUCCCCGGGGGCAAGUUCCCAGUGGAUGGGAAAGUCCUGGAAGGCAGCACCAUGGCCGACGAGUCCCUCAUCACAGGAGAGGCCAUGCCUGUCACGAAGAAGCCCGGCAGCACGGUGAUCGCCGGGUCCAUGAACGCCCACGGCUCCGUGCUCGUCACUGCCACCCACGUGGGCAACGACACCACCUUGGCUCAGAUUGUGAAGCUGGUAGAAGAGGCUCAGAUGUCCAAGGCACCCAUUCAGCAACUGGCUGACCGGUUUAGUGGGUAUUUUGUCCCAUUUAUCAUCAUCAUUUCAACUUUGACGUUGGUGGUAUGGAUUGUAAUCGGCUUCAUCGAUUUCGGUGUUGUUCAGAAAUACUUCCCUACAUCCAGCAAGCAUAUCUCCCAGGCAGAGGUGGUCCUCCGGUUUGCAUUCCAGACGUCCAUCACGGUGCUGUGCAUCGCCUGCCCCUGCUCUCUGGGCCUGGCCACGCCCACGGCCGUCAUGGUGGGCACGGGGGUGGCCGCCCAGAAUGGCAUACUCAUCAAGGGAGGCAAGCCUCUGGAGCUGGCCCACAAGAUAAAGACUGUGAUGUUUGACAAAACUGGCACCAUCACCCACGGGGUCCCCAAAGUCAUGCGGGUCCUUCUGCUCGUGGACGUGGCCACGCUGCCCCUCCGGAAGGUGCUCGCUGUGGUGGGGACUGCGGAGGCCAGCAGUGAGCACCCCCUGGGCGUGGCAGUCACCAGAUACUGUAAAGAGGAACUUGGCACAGAGACCUUGGGAUACUGCAUGGACUUCCAGGCGGUGCCCGGCUGUGGGAUCGGCUGUAAAGUCAGCAACGUGGAGGGCAUCCUGGCCCAGGGCGAGCGCCCACGUGGCCAACCGACCGCCCACCUGAACGGGGUCAGCAGCAUCCCCAUGGAAACAGAUGCGGUCCCGCAGACCUUCUCUGUGCUGAUCGGCAGCCGAGAGUGGAUGAGGCGCAACGGCUUGACCGUCACCAGCGACAUCAGCGACGCGAUGACCGAUCACGAGACGAAAGGCCAGACGGCCAUCCUGGUGGCCAUCGACGGUGUGCUCUGUGGCAUGAUCGCCAUCGCAGAUGCGGUCAAGCAGGAGGCCGCCCUGGCCGUGCACACACUGAAGAGCAUGGGCGUGGAUGUGGUUCUGAUCACGGGGGACAACCGCAAGACAGCCAGAGCCAUUGCCACCCAGGUUGGCAUCAACAAAGUCUUUGCGGAGGUGCUGCCUUCUCAUAAGGUGGCCAAGGUCCAGGAGCUCCAGAACGAGGGGAAGAGAGUGGCCAUGGUGGGCGAUGGUGUGAACGACUCCCCGGCCCUGGCCCGGGCCGACGUGGGCAUCGCCAUCGGGACGGGCACGGACGUGGCCAUCGAGGCAGCUGACGUCGUCCUCAUCAGAAAUGACUUGCUUGACGUGGUGGCCAGCAUUCACCUCUCCAAGAGGACCGUCCAGAGGAUACGACUCAAUCUGGUGCUGGCACUGAUCUACAACCUGGUCGGGAUCCCCAUUGCAGCAGGUGUCUUCAUGCCCAUCGGCGUCGUGCUGCAGCCGUGGAUGGGCUCGGCGGCCAUGGCUGCCUCCUCCGUGUCCGUGGUCCUCUCGUCACUGCAGCUCAAGUGCUACAGGAAGCCAGAGCUGGCGUGGUAUGAGGCGCAGGCGCAGGGCCGCAUGAAGCCCCUGACCGAGUCCCAGGUCAGUGUGCACAUCGGCAUGGACAACCGGCGGCGUGACUCCCCACGGGCCGCGCCCUGGGACCAGGUCCGCUACAUCAGCCAAGUGUCCCUGUCCUCCCUCAAGUCUGAUGGGCUGUCCCGGCACGGCACCGCGGCCGGCGACGAGCGGGGAGCAAGUGGCCUCCGCUCCUGAGUGACCGGGACGAGGAGCCGUGCGUCCGAAAGCCGCAGGCGGUUGUGGCCUCCGCCCGGCCCCCCUCCCUGUGUGGCCGAGGCUCCAGCCCGACAGCAGCAGCAGCAGCAGGCGGCGGAGCCCCUCGCCAGCCCUGGACGUUCUAGAUCACCCCUCCCCGCGGCUUGUGGACCACGCUGCCGGGGUCCCACGGGCUCAUUGGAAACCCUGCUGGCCUCAAGGAGAGGAGGGACAGCCAGCCCUCCUCACAUCCUGUGCCGUAGCGUUUGGGAUGACUGCCUGUGAAACGAGGACGAUCCCGCUGGGUCCAAAAACUUAGCUGGGCCUGUCCACAGAGUUCAGGCUCUGGCGCUUUUUGUUUCUUUUGGUUUUUGUUUUUUUGUGUUUUUUUUGCGGUACGC